UCGACGUCCCCAGCGCCCAACUUUUCCAUCCUCCCACUCCCCUCCCCCCGAAACUCCAGCAACAAAGAAAAGUAGUCGGAGAAGGAGCGGCGACUCCGGGUCGCCGGCCCCUCCUCCCUUAGGAAGGCCGAAUACAGUCAUGGCCACCCAGGUAAUGGGGCAGUCUUCUGGAGGAGGAGGGCUGUUCACCAGCAGUGGCAACAUUGGCAUGGCUUUGCCUAACGACAUGUAUGACUUGCAUGACCUCUCCAAAGCUGAACUGGCUGCGCCUCAGCUUAUCAUGUUGGCAAAUGUGGCCUUAACUGGGGAAGUAAAUGGCAGCUGCUGUGAUUACCUGGUUGGUGAAGAAAGACAGAUGGCAGAAUUGAUGCCUGUUGGAGAUAACAAUUUUUCAGAUAGUGAUGGAGAAGGACUUGAGGAGUCUGCUGAAAUAAAAGGUGAACCCAGUGGACUGGAAAACAUGGAACUGGAAAGUUUGGAACUGAGUGUUGUAGAACCACAGCCUGUGUUUGAGGUAUCAGCUGCCCCAGAAAUUUAUAGUUCAAAUAAAGAUCUUCCUCCUGAAACAUCUGGAGCAGAGGACAAAUGCAAGAACUUGAAGAGCAAACCCUUUCGCUGUAAACCAUGCCAGUAUGAAGCAGAAUCUGAAGAACAGUUUGUGCAUCACAUCAGAGUUCAUAGUGCCAAGAAAUUUUUUGUGGAAGAAAGUGCAGAGAAGCAAGCAAAAGCCAGAGAAUCUGGGUCUUCUACCACAGAAGAGGGAGAUUUCUCCAAGGGCCCCAUUCGCUGUGACCGCUGUGGCUACAAUACCAAUCGAUAUGAUCACUAUACUGCUCACCUGAAACACCACACCAGAGCUGGGGAUAAUGAGCGAGUUUACAAGUGCAUCAUUUGCACAUACACCACAGUAAGCGAAUAUCACUGGAGGAAACACUUGAGAAACCAUUUUCCAAGGAAAGUAUACACAUGUGGAAAAUGCAACUAUUUUUCAGACAGAAAAAAUAAUUACGUUCAACAUGUUCGAACUCAUACAGGAGAACGCCCAUAUAAAUGUGAACUUUGUCCUUACUCAAGUUCUCAGAAGACUCAUCUAACUAGACAUAUGCGUACUCAUUCAGGUGAGAAGCCAUUUAAAUGUGAUCAGUGCAGUUAUGUGGCCUCUAAUCAACAUGAAGUAACCCGCCAUGCAAGACAGGUUCAUAAUGGGCCUAAACCUCUUAACUGUCCACAUUGUGACUACAAAACAGCAGAUAGAAGUAACUUCAAAAAACACGUAGAGCUACAUGUGAAUCCACGGCAGUUCAAUUGUCCUGUAUGCGACUAUGCAGCUUCUAAGAAGUGUAAUCUGCAGUAUCAUUUCAAAUCUAAGCAUCCUACUUGUCCUAAUAAAACAAUGGAUGUCUCAAAAGUGAAACUAAAGAAAACCAAAAAGCGAGAGGCUGACUUGCCUGAUAACAACAUUACCAAUGAAAAAACAGAAAUAGAACAGACAAAAAUAAAGGGGGAUGUGGCUGGAAAGAAGAAUGAGAAGUCUGUAAAAGUGGAGAAAAAAGAUAAUGUUUCAAAAGAGAAAAAGUCUUGUAGUAAUGCUUCAAUCCAAGUGACUACCAGAACUCGCAAAUCAGCAAUGGAAACUAAAGAAAUGGAUGUGCACGCAGGAAAUAAUUCAGAAGCAACCUGUAAAACCAAGAAAGGCAAAAGGAAGAUGGAAGCUGAAGCCCAUCCCUUACAAGAUCCUGUUAACGAGGAGGAACCUGUGACAAAAAAGAAAAAGAAGGCAGAAAGCAAAUCCAAAAAUAAUCAGGAAGUGCCAAAAGGUGACAGCAAAGUAGAGGAGAAUAAAAAGCAAAAUACCUGCAUGAAGAAAAGUACAAAGAAGAAAACUCUGAAAAAUAAGUCAAGUAAAAAAAGCAGCAAGCCUGCUCAGAAGGAGGUUGCUCAGAAAGGGCCUGCUCAGACGGAGCCCUCUCCCAGGGGGCCUGCACAGACAGAGCCUUCUCCCAGGGGGCCUGCUCAGACGGAGUCUUCUCCCAGGGGGCCUGUGCAGAUGGAGCCUUCUCCCAGGGGGCCUGCUCACCGGGGGCCUGCUCAGAUGGAGCCUUCUCCCAGGGGGCCUGCACAGACAGAGCCUUCUCCCAGGGGGCCUGCUCAGACGGAGCCUUCUCCAAGGGGGCCUGGGCAGACGGAGCCACCUCCUGUCCCAGAGCCUGCUCAGACGGAUAUGGGUCAGAGGGAGCCGCCUCCUGCCACAGAGCCUGCUCCAACAGAGUCCCCUCCUUCUGUGGGGCCUGCUCAGAUGGAGGUAGUUCAGAUGGAGCCUCCUCCCACAGAGCCUCCUCUUCACAUGGAACCAAUUCCCAAAAAGUCUCCUCGAAAAGAUAAUAAAAAGGAAAAGUCCCACACGCAGAGUGAAAUGGCACAGAAGGAGCAAGUCCUUAUUGAAGUUGGCUUAGUGCCUGUUAAAGAUAGCCAGCUUCUAAAGGAAAGUGUGGGCGCGAGAGAUCUCUUACCACCAUCAACACCACUGCCAAAGGAAAACUUAACAGAAGAGGAGUCAAAAGACCAAAAAUUAUUCACCGAAGACGAAGGAAAUAAAGAAGCCCCUCUUCAAAAAGAAGUAAAAGAGGCAGAUAAAAGUCUAGCUGGUGUUGCUGCUAUUAUCAAUGAAUCUACUAAUAUUUCAUCCUCUGAACAAAACUUGAAUAUGCCAGAGGGUGAAACUUUAGAUGGUGAGUGUCAGGCUGGCGCAAUGCUUUGUGAAAUGGAAAUGGACACUGAUGAGAACAAAACAGAGAAUCCCCCUGGCAAAGACUCAGCAGUUGAAGAACAAAUGUCACCACUGCUGCUUCCCCUAGCAAUAGAAAACCAUGAAGCAGUGUCCAAAACUACUGCGACAUCACCUCCUGUCACCACGGCAGUAAAUGAGUCUCAGGAAAUGGAUGAAGACGAAGGCAUCCAUAGUCAUGAUGGAAGUGAUCUAAGUGACAACAUGUCAGAGGGUAGUGAUGAUUCUGGAUUGAAUGGGGCCCGGCCAGUUCCACAAGAAACCAGCAGGAAAAAUGCUAAGGAGGCCUUGGCAGGCAAAGUGGCUGAGGGAGAUUUUGUUUGUAUCUUCUGUGAUCGUUCUUUUCGAAAGGAAAAAGAUUAUAGCAAGCACCUCAAUCGCCAUUUGGUUAAUGUAUACUUCCUUGAAAAAGCAGCUAAAGGGCAGGAGUAAUUAAACGUAGGAUAAGGCUUCAGUUCUUAGUUUAUAAGAUCUAUUACAUUUAAUAUUCAUUUAUAGUUAUAGACAACGUUUUAUUUUUUAAAUUGCUUUAAUUAGUGUCCAAUGUUGAUUUUUAAGUGGCACUCUUUUUCUUAGGAUUCUGUACACCUAUUGAUGGGUAAAUUUUAGCAUAUCCAAGGAAGUUAGUGUACUAAACCAGCAGACUCCUAAAUCUGUUAGUUUAUACAUUUAAUUGAAAUGAGAAGGCCAAGGUGGUAUUGUAGCAUUCCGUUGCUUUGUCUGGCUGUAAUUUGUCACUUUUCUCGCCAUGUCUGUCGUCUUGUUUCACUUUAGUGUUUUCUUAGUUCCUGGUUUAGUGCUAUAAAAAUUGGCAUACGUAAAUAGCAAAUUACUUGAAAAAUUUGCCUGCUUUAUAUAAAGUUAGCACUUUAAAAUUUUUUUAGAGAUGAGAAGAGACAUUUAAAUUGAAGAAAAAUUCUCCCAAUAGUGGACAUUGUAUCAGUCCAGGUUUCAGAGUUUGGCAAUGCAACAUGAAAGAUUAGGAAAAGCAUUGAUGAAGUGUGGGUGGAAAACUUGUUAAAAAUCUGAGAGUGAAGUUUGAGUUAAAAGACAUUUGAACUCGGAAUUGACUGGGAGGCCAAAGAUUUAAAGAAGAGAAGAUUCUCUCAAGACAUGAGGAGUGGAAAAAAAGGGGGAGAGGGUGAUGGAGAAAACUGUGCAGAACAUCAAAACAACUGGAUUGCAUUCUGUCCUGAUACGGCAAGUGACCCGGAGUGUAUUGAGUCCUAAAGAAUGGGAUGUUUCAUACUGAUGAGAGAUUCACCUUCUGACUUCUUUUGCAAGACUCCUAUCAGCAAAAAAGCAAAAUGAAUUUGCAAGAUUUAUUUUAUUGGCAUGGUAGAAUCAAGAACAAGGAGCCUGAAAGUUUGCCCGACCAAGGAUAUGUGGGGAAUUGAUCUUGAAUAUAAAUGCUAUUGAUGUCUGACUUGGUUUGUUAUCUUUAAUGAGUGAAAGAGUGGUUACAAGUGUCUUUCUCCAGUCCCUUUCUACCUCUUUUCCAGAGGCUUACCCUUGUUAGGAUGUCUACAUAUGUGCUACAUUUACACUUAACCAGUUGGCCAUCUUUUUUUCUCCCCAAGUUCUCAGGGCUUGACUCAUUUGUAGGUAGUUACAGUGUAGAAGUAUGAGCUUCCAGCCAGGGUACUUCACAGCACUCUCCUCAGCUCCAUAAAGGCAGAUUGGUGAAGGUGCUAAGAACAAUGUGCUAGUGUUUGGUAAUAAGGGAAAGUUUCAGUGUUAAGAAAUUGCCUUUUCAAAGGAUUUUGAUGCUCACUGUAUCAAGUACUCUGUCAGCCUUUGAGAUAGAGCUGGGUUCACAAUGGGCCUCUCUUCCUAAGCACUAUAAAUGGGCAAACCAUUUUAACUUUACUGACCUAAUUUCUUCAUCUAUAAAAGGGGAUAUAUGGAAUUACUAUCCAAAGAGUGGCUUUGAGUGUUAAAUGCUUAUGAAGCGUUUACGCUGGUGCUUUUAUUAGGGCCUCUUAGCUACAUGAAAAGCCAAGUAAGUAUCCUUAAAUAAAGUCCUUCCUCUAUUUGGGCAUGAUUAAGUUGUACAGUUCACCUGCUUAUCUUGCAAAACUGAGCUUUUAAUGUUAAAGUAGUACGUGGGCUUUUGUAUUAAACUAUAUUGUAAUAUCUUAAGAGUCAGAAUGCUUUUAUUUUUUUUCCAAAUGCUUUUAUAUUCAUUGCUUUAUUUAAGCGGCUAAAAUAGGUCCUGGUCCUUAGUAGGGUAAAUGGUUGCCCAGGCCAAGAAUUGUGUGUGGUGAGUGUUUUUCCUUGAUUUCAGCUAAUUGAUAUACGAUGGUAGUUUUACUGUAAUUUUAAAAUUCUGAUAAUGCAGAAAUCUCUUCAUUUAUAGGCAAAGGUAUUUUUCUGGAUGCAAAGAGAGUCAAUCCAAGUAGCAGGAAAUAGCAAAUCUUGAGAAAGAGUUUUUAUUAAGAAACUUGAUUUUAAGAAAGGUUCAAACUUACAGAGAAGUUGCAAAAAAUGUUACCUUGAAAUUUUGUGUACCUUUCAUGUAGAUUCACUCACAUUUGCUUUCUGUAUAUUAUGUAUGUAUGAUUUGCUGAACCACCAGAAAUUAAGUGGCUUACCCCCUUUAUCUCUGAAAAUUCAGUUUGUGUCUCCUAGGGAUAGGGCAUUCUCUUGCACAACCACAUUAUAUAGUUAUCAAAUUCAAAACUUUUAAGAUUGGUAUAGUAUUUAUAUUACAAUCUAUAUUCAAAUUGUGCCAAAUGUCUUAACUACUAACCUUUAACAAUCCCCCUGUUCUAUCACCCAUUGCAUUUGUUGUCUCAUUUCUUCAGUUUCCUCUUAAUUUGGAACAGUCCUCUAGCCUGUUCUUCACAACAGUAAGAGUUUGAAAAGUUCAUGCCAGCUGUUUAAAAAAUGUUAAUUUAGAUUAUUCUAGUUGUUUCCUCAUGCCUCAAUUCAGGUUAUGCAUUUUGGAAGGAAUACUAAAUACUGGUGCAUUGUACCAGAAGGCACACAUCAUGUCAGUUUAACCCAUUAUUGGUGUUCACUCUUAGUUAAGGUGUUGUCCACCAGAUUUCUCCAUUGUAAAGUUAUUUUUUCCCUGUAUAAUAUUCUGUGGGAGGAUAUAUUGAAACUAUCUGAACUUUCAACAAACCCAAUGAUUUUAGCAUAUAAUUAAUUUUUUUUACAGUUUAUUAUUUUUUUAAUUAUUAUUUUUUUUAACGUUUAUUUAUUUUUGAGACAGAGACAGAGCAUGAAUGGGGGAGGGUCAGAGAGAGAGGGAGACACAGAAUCUGAAACAGGCUCCAGGCUCUGAGCAGUCAGCACAGAGCCUGACGCGGGGCUCGAACUCACAUACCGUGAGAUCGUGACCUGAGCCGAAGUCGGAUGCUUAACCGACUGAGCCACCCAGGCGCCCCUUUACAGUUUAUUUUGAGAGAGAGCAUGAGCGAUGGAGGGGCAGAGAGAGAGGGAGGGAAAGAGAAUCCCAAACAGGCUCCACCUCACAGACCAUGAGAUCAUAACCUGAGCCAAUAUCAAGAGUGGAACGCUUAACCAGCUGAGAACUGAACCACCCAGGUGCCCCUAGCAUAUAAUUAUUUUUGCUUGAAUCAGUUAUACCUCCUGUUUGCUGGUACAGGGUCUGUCAAGAGGGGCUUUUUCUUCCCAUAGACUCCAGUUCUUGUUUCAUGCAUUUUACCUCAAUUCAGCCAGUGGGGGGUUGCCCUUUCUGACUCCUUUAAUAAGGCUAAGUUACAUUCUGUUAAUACAUUGAGGAUUCUUAUUUAUGACCAAAUACUUUGAAACAUACCAGAUUUCUCUCUGCAUAAGUCCUAACAGUAUUGUAAAAUUAUGAAAGCUUGCUGGGAUGUCUUAAGGGAUAAACUGCAGGUGGAAAUUUACCUGUGGUCAAGAUUCUGUCACCAGAAGGGGCAAUUUCAGAGAAUCAUGUCCUAAUUCUACACUGAUUUUUGAAAUGCUACAUACACCUUUUAUUUCUUCAUGUGUGUGCCCUAAUUGCUUUUUUAAAAUCACAUAAUGCAGGGGACCCUGGGUGGCUCAGUUGGUUAAGCACCUAACUAUAGCUUAUGUCGUGAUCUCACAGUUUGUGAGUUCAAGCCCCGCAUUGGGCUCUCUGCUGUCAGCACGAAGCCCACUUCAGAUCCUCUGUCCCCUUCUUUUUCUGCCCCUUCCCUGCUUGCACUCUCUAUGGCUCUCUCAAAAGAAACAUAAAAAUAAAUCACAUAAUGCAGGGGCGCCUGGGUGGUUCAGUCAGUUAAAUGUCUGACCCUUAAUUUCAGCUCAGGUCAUGAUCUCAAGGUUCAUGGGAUCGAGCCCCACGUUGGGCUUUGUGCUGACAGCACAGCCUGCUUGGGAUUCUCUCUCCCUCUCCUCUCCCCUGCUUGUGCGCGCACGCGCUCUCUCUCUCUCUCUCUCUCUCUCUCUCUCUCUCUCUCUCAAACAUUGGAAAUAAAUUCUGAAGCACAGAAAGAUAAAAUUUCUUAAAAAAUCACAAUUCGUAUGUAAAUUCUCAAAAUUCAAAUAAGUAAAUCCAUCUUGAAUAGCUCUCUUAUAAACCUUACUCUUUCUAGAGUUAACUACUGUCAAUGGUUUACAGUUAACUUUUUACCUCUAUCUGUAUACAUAUUAAAUUGUUUUGUUUCUAUGCUUUGACAUAAAUUGAAUUAUUGAUUUUGCAA